GAGAAAACGUGAGAACUUUCUUCUUCGCUUGGGAAUUUUCUCUUCAAAACAAACAAAAAAAAGGAAAACAAAAAAAAUACAGGAAUCGCUCUCUCUUCUUUCUUUCUUGCCUCGUGCAUUGUCGCUUGAUAUAUUCACUGAAGUAAGUUUAUAUUUAGCCGUCAGUUGAUUGGUGGGUUGUUCUCGCUGUGGGUGUCUUGAAUUUCAAGAAUGCCUCUAUUUAGAAGGAAGCCUUUUCCUCUGGUGGAGCCACCGAAGGAUUUGGAGCCUCAUGAGCUUGUAUACCAAAUUCGGUUCACAAAAGAAAUUUUCCGCAACUAUCAAGAGUAUUUGACACGGAUCAACCUAUAUCGUAAGCGAGUUUGGAUGUGUAAAUCUACUGCAAAAACUAACCUGACAUAUGAAGAGGCUUUGGUGUCAGAAAAAUGCACGGCCAAGAAGGUUGAAGGGCUUCCCAAGGAGCUAGUGGCACCUGCACUACGUACAAUCCAAUUUAGUAUGCUUUCACUAAAAGAUCUUGCCAAUACAAUAGCUUCAGAGUUGCAGCAGCAUCUGUUUGUUGGUGCUGAGUUAUUUGGAAGAAAGGAUGGCGAUUUAUAUCCAUGCAAAAUACUUAACAUUGCCAAGGAGGGUACCAAGGAACCUCGAUAUGAAGUAGGAUGGUUUGACAAAGAUAAGAAAAUAUCUGAAAAUUCACAGGUAAAUGCAGAAGAUUUGGUCUGGAAAAAGUUUCCUUUUAGUAGAAAUGUUUUGAAGUCUUUUAUUCGGGAAUCCACAAGCCGAAGUAUUCCUUGGAUCCUUCAUGGCAAGCUGGCACAGAAGCAUGGAAUUUCGACUGAUCCUCCAGAAGAGAUACAAAGUAAAUUUUUAUUCCAGGACGGACAACUUGUAGGCAAAAAGAAGAGAAAGAAAAAUGAGAAUGUUGUGGAAGUUAUAGAAGAAUCUGGAAAAAGCAAAAGGAAGAAAGUGAAUAGCAAACUUGAACGGUCAGUGGCAGAUCAUACAGAGAAAGAAGAUAAUGAGAUGAAGGAAGAACCUAUCAAAUAUCCAAUUGAUGAUGCAUUGGUGCAGCCUAGUCCUCACGAUCCAAUUCUUACUGACCGACCUUCUCCUUCAAGGGACUUCAAUGUCCCAAUGGAUUGUGUUGGAGAUCUUCUGAUGGUCUGGGAUUUCUGUUCUUCAUUUAGUAGGCUGCUACAUCUAUGGCCGUUCUCUCUUGAGGAUUUUGACAAUGCUAUCUGCCACAAGGACAGCAAUUUGGUUCUCAUUGUGGAACUGCAUGCAUCUCUUUUUGGCGCCCUUAUGAGAGACAAUAGUGAAUAUUUCUUGAAUGUACAGAGAAGGACACGGAAAUUAAAGAUUACAUUAAUCAGCUGGGCAGAAUAUUUAUGUGAUUUCUUGGAAGUGAUCAACAUUCCUGAAUUAUGCUCGCAUAUUGCUCUCAUAAAGCGAGGGCAUUAUGGCCUUCUGAAUCCCAAUGUUAAGUUAGGCAUUUUGCGAGAAUUAGUUAAUCAGGUGCUUCAAACAGAUCUUUUCAGAGAGAAGCUGGGUGAUCAUAUUGAACAGCGGCGGGCGCUUGGAGCCACUAGAAGGGGUGAAGCGUUGGAGGAAGGUAGAAAGAAAAGAGAACGGAAGGAGAAGAUGAUGGCUGAUGCUGACGCUGAUGCUGGCGCUGAUGCCAAUGGCGUCAUGAAUGGACAUGGUUUGGAAGGGACAGAAACCAACAUGGAUAUAGUCGCUAGUGAUAAUCAUCAUAUACAGAAUGGAACUGUUGCAGGGGAGAGAAAUGCGGAAAAUUCUUCUCAAGAGAACGGUCUAUUGGAGAAAAGCGAGAACGUGCAUUUGGAAAAUGGAGAGAAGAAGAUCGACAAGAAACAAAUUGGGAAAAUGGAAGCAGAAAAUGUAAAAGAUUCUUCUGGGAAGGAGCCAAUGAAACAUCUGAUAGAUGAUAAGAAAGAAGCAUCAGAAAAGAAGAGUAAAGAACAGAGGAAAGAAUAUUUUGCACGAGAAAUAGAGAAACGAGUUAUACGCACAAGUCCUCUUGGUAAAGACAGAGAUUACACCAGGUACUGGUGGUUCCAGCGUGAUGGGAGGAUAUUUGUUGAGAGCUCUGAUUCCAGGCAGUGGGGAUACUAUAGUUCCAAGGAAGAGCUUGAGGCUUUGAUGGGUUCACUGAAUUGCAAGGGGGAGAGGGAGUGCGCACUAAAGAAACAGCUGGCAAAAUUCUAUGACAGAAUAUGUUUGGGACUCCAGAAGAGGUUGAAGGACUUGGCCUACAAGAUUGCAGCGGAAGAGGCUGUGCUUCGAAGAUCUACUAGGGUACGGGCACCACCUAGGGAAAAUCCGGCGAAUGCAUUCCUUAAAUAUGUUAAUAAGUGGAAGGAAGAGUAAUAAUAGUGUGCUUUUGGCCGCUUACAACCAUAUCUAAUUUAAAUUUAGGUACGGUAACAUGGAAUAGGAAAAAUUUUUCACAUGGCCUCAGAUGCCCCUCUAUUUUGGGAUAGGGAUGGAGUUGUUUUGUAAUCCAUUCCUCUGAUAAUUUGAUGAGCUUGUGCUUGACGUCAAAACUCUUCUGUAAAUCACAAUCUUCGGCAUUCUUUAAUUCUAUUCUACUGACUAGCUUUAGGAAAA